CUGUCUCUCUCAAUAAGAUUCCAUAUACAGAAAAUUCACAUACAUGAAUGACAUGUAUAUAUCGAUUGGUUUGACGUGUUGUAUGUAUUGAGAUAGAUAGAUAGAUAGAUACGGAAAGAAGCACUAGGAAUUGUUUAAUGUGUGUGAAUGGAAGCUAUACUGACUCAGUGUGUGCAAAACGGCCUACGGCACUUCUUGUACCGUAAUGCCAUUUUCAUGUGCGAACGCCUCUGCGCCGAGUUCCCCUCCGAGACAAAUUUGCAGCUUCUUGCCAGUUGUUACUUGCAAAACAAUCAGUCACAUAGUGCAUACUACAUUUUGAAGGGAACACAUAUGGCUGAAUGCCGCUAUUUGUUUGCGCUAUCAUGCUUUCAGAUGGAUCUUCUGAAAGAAGCCGAAGCUGCUUUAUGCCCCCCCAACGAGUCCUCUGCAGAGGUUCCAAAUGGAGCUGCUGGCCAUUACCUUCUCGGUCUUAUUUACAGGUAUACAGAUAGAAGGCAGAAUGCUAUUCAUCACUUCAAUCAGGCUUUGUCGAUGGAUCCAUUAUUAUGGGCUGCUUAUGAGGAACUCUGUAUAUUAGGAGCAGCUGAAGAAGCAACUUCAAUUUUUAGUGAAGGUGCUUCUCUAUGCGUUGAAAAGCAAUACAUGCAUGAUGAAUUGAGUUCCAAGAGUUUGCAAGCAUCAAUCGAUGACCAUAUUGUUGUUCCUAACAGAAGUCCAAUAGUAGAAGAUGUUAGUCCAAGGCAAUUGAAAGAUAUGCAUGGCUAUGAUGUACGAGUUAUCUCCCAGAACUAUCAUGGAGUAGCUUCUAACCAGCCUCUAAAUGGCGGUUCUGCUAAUUUUUCAUUUUAUAAUACUCCUUCUCCAAUGGCUACACAUUCACAGUUGUCAGGUGUUGCUCCACCUCCAAUAUGUGAAAAUGCUCAAUUGAAUGGCCAAAACCUGAGAGCAUUAGGAGCUGAUAAUUCUCCACGAUCAGUAGUGAACUCUGCUGUUCCUGGUCCUAGGAGAAAGUUUGUGGAUGAAGGAAAAUUAAGAAAGGUAUCUGAGAGGUUAUUUUCUGAGUCCAGACAACGACGAAGCACGAGACUUGGUGGAGAAUCUCUGGUCAACACAAAUUCAAGUGCAUCAGUAGCUUCUGGGAAUGGAACAAACCACUCUUCUAAAUAUCUUGGGGGUUAUAAGUCAAGCUCCGUGGUAUCAAGUUCAGUGUCAAUUCAAAAGGGACCGUCAUGGGCUAGUGAAAAUUCAGAUGAGGGGACUCAUUGUGAUAUUUAUGAUGAUUCUCGUUUAGAUAUUACGACGUCCAGUUUAUCCUUCCGCAGUGAUGCUAGAUCUCUUGAGCAAGAAGGGGCCGUUAGGCCUUCAGGUCCAGCUGUUGUGAGUAGCUCAAGAGUCGCAGCUGGUGCUUCUGAAAUAUUGGGCCUCUUAAUGAUUCUUGGCGAAGGCUACAGGCUCUUGUGUAUCUAUAGAUGCCAGGAUGCACUGGAUACAUUUAUCAAACUUCCACAAAAGCAAUAUAAUACUGGAUGGGUGCUUUCUCAGGUUGGAAAAGUGUACUAUGAAAUGGUUGAUUAUAUGGAAGCAGAUCGUGCCUUCAGUCUUGCAAGGUUGGCUUCUCCUCACAGUUUGGAAGGAAUGGAUAUACAUUCUACAGUUCUAUAUCAUUUGAAGGAAGACAUGAAAUUGAGUUACCUGGCCCAGGAGCUGAUAUCCACCGAUCGUUUAGCUCCUCAAUCUUGGUGUGCUAUUGGAAAUUGCUAUAGCUUGCAGAAAGAUCAUGAAACUGCUCUUAAGAAUUUCCAGCGAGCAGUGCAACUAAAUUCAAGAUUUGCAUAUGCCCACACCCUUUGUGGCCACGAAUAUGUGGCCUUGGAGGAUUUCGAGAAUGGCAUUAAGAGCUUCCAAAAUGCCCUCCGGAUAGACUCCAGGCAUUACAAUGCCUGGCAUGGACUUGGGAUGGUUUAUCUCCGGCAAGAGAAGUUUGAGAUUUCAGAGCAUCACUUCCGACUGGCCUUCCAAAUCAAUCCAUGUUCCUCCGUUAUAAUGUCGUAUCUUGGGACGGCUUUACAUACAUUGAAGAAAAAUAAGGAAGCAUUGGAGAUGAUGGAUAGGGCUAUUUUAGCAGAUAAGAAGAAUCCCCUCCAUUUCUAUCAGAAGGCUAACAUUCUUGUGAGCAUGGAAAAUUUUGACGGGGCUUUAGCAGUUCUGGAGGAGCUUAAAGAGUUUGCCCCCCGUGAGUGCAGUAUUUAUGCAUUAAUGGGUAGGAUUUAUAAACGACGUAAUAUGUAUGACAGAGCCAUGCUUAAUUUCGGACUUGCAUUGGAUUUGAAACCAUCCGCGACAGAUGUUGCUGCCAUUAAGGCUGCCAUUGAAAAGUUGCAUGUACCAGACGAGCUAGAGGACAAGGAUGCCCUGUGAAUGAAUUCAAUAGCAUUGCAGAAUUAGAGACGAAGUCAACCUGCUUCCUGCUUGUGCUUUUGGGCAGAUGCUCGACAAAAUUUUCUUGACCUUGCACAUUCAUUAUAAUUGAACGGAUAUCCUUGCAGCUGGGCAGCCAGAAACAAUCGGAUAAUGUGGGUGAAACAAAUUAUAACACUGCCUGAAGAGGCAUGUCUCAGUAGCCAAGUUAUUUUUCGUAAAUAUACCAAUAUUUGAUUCUUUCUCAAAUGUAGCAACGAUUUAUAGUAUUUCGUUUUAUAUGUAGGCUCAAGUCAAAGUAUUAUUUCAUUCAAUGUCGUUUAAUUAGUCCACGAUUGGGUCAAGAAUUGUGGUUCUGUUGUGUAGCUCACUGAUAAAUGCCGACAUUCAUAGUUUGCAUGGA